UUCUAACCAAGUUACUAACUCUAGUUUACCUAUCAACUAACUAUAGUUGAUUAUUCAUACUCUAAUACAAACAACUUUCACUUUCCUCAACCGCCCGCCACCCACAACGGCAAAGCCCCUUAGAGUCUCUCAUCGUUAUGUUUCCACUUGUCUAGACCCUGCUGAAAUUAUGAGAGCUCUUCCAUACCGUCAAUCAUGUGUCUUGUCAAAACCUACCUUGUAGCCACCUCUCACGGCUACAGAAUAUGCCAUGUUAAGCCUCUCACCACGAAGUAUAGCAGCACUCAUCCUCCUUCCAAAGAAAAGUAGUGUCUUCUACUCUUGAAGAACAUUGAAUGACUAAAAGAUAAUACUCCUGUAUAAAAUGCAAAAGUAGACUUUCUCAUGUGUAUGAUGGUUUGAUAUCCCACCCUUGCCUUAUUUGUGCGAUAUUUUUAAUUGAAAAAAGGUAUGUACGCUGUGAAAAAACUCUUAUAAAUUUAUAAGAAAUUUUUCAAUAUACUUAUAAAGAAAUGGUCAUGCUAACUUUUAAAAUCGCACAUAUAGUCAUGCAAUAAUUUGUUCAACAUUAUUCACGAAUUUACCUGCAAAUUACAUUUUUUAAUUUUAGGUUUACUCAAAUUUCAAAACUACAAUAUACACCUAUUCAUUUAAUAAAUGAUGUAAAAUACUGAUUUUUGCUUAUAAUAUUAACGAGAUGAUGUAGUAGUUUAUCAACCAACCUAAAAUUUAUUGGAAACAGAGCAACUUUAUAUUCUUGGCACGGGUGUUGCACUUUUCAAAAUGCUUAGGUAUGUGUACGCAUGAUAAUAAUUAUCAUCAUUUUCCAAUGUCUUUCAAAAAAAAUCAUUUUCCAAUGCUAAUUAGAAACUAGUACUAUUAACUUUUCACUCUCAAAACGUUUGGAUUUUUCACUUUGUAAAAGGUUACAGCAUUGGUAUAAAAAUACAAUCUCGCUGAGCUUGCACUAUGGCGGUGUCUUCUGUUCAGCCAAAUUGGCUUGAACUUCCAAGAGAUGUGACUGCAAACAUUCUCCAAAGGCUUGGUGCCAUUGAAAUAUUGGCUAGUGCAUGUCAAGUGUGCCCUCUUUGGUGGAAUAUUUUCAAGGAUCCUCACAUGUGGCACACCGUUCACAUUACCAACUUUCGUUAUUCGCCUUGUUCACCCUACAAUUAUGGGGACAAUUUGACUAAGAUUUGUCGCAAUGCAGUUGCGCGAAGUUGUGGUCAGCUGGAAGACAUUGCUAUCGACUACAUUGGAACUGAUGAUCUUCUUGCAUACAUAGCUGAUAGUGCUGGUCAUCUACGACGCAUGCAACUUUCGAUGUGUCAGAGGACUCUCACAUGAAGGAUUUAGUGAAACUUUAAGGAAACUUCCACUACUAGAGGAACUUGAGAUUUCACAAAACAAGCAAUUAUCUAAUGAUUCGCUUGAAAUUGUUGGUCAAUGUUGUCCUCUUUUGAAAUCACUGAAAUAUUGCAGGCACCCUCUAGACAAUAUUGAAAUGAAUGAUGCGGCAUUUGGUAUUGCGAAAAUAAUGCCUGGAUUACAUUAUCUUAAAAUGUCUCUAGAUGAGCUUACAAAUGAUGAUGUUCUUGCCAUUCUUGAUGGGUGUCCUCUUCUAGAAACUCUUGACCUGAGAGCAUGUAAGUAUGUGGAGAAGAUGCCGGGAACAAAUUAAAGAUUUUGGACUUCCAUUACAAGAUUACUAGUCUUCCUUCCUGAUAUGAUUCUGACAGGGACAGUUGAAGUGAAACAUCGAAUUGAUCUGGUUACGAGGACUAUUAUUGUUUCAUAUUCUAGUUAAAACUUAAAAUUGGUUCGUGAUCCUUCCAAAGAUUAAAAUGUUUUAAUGGAGUUUGGUUGAUUGUUUCAUUUGAAGCCUAGCUAAAUGUUUUCUUUUUUAGUAGUGAGACUUAGAAUCAUGUACUCAUGUGUGG